UUGCCACGCAGAAGUUGCCGGUGCCCCGGUUGCUAGGGUCCGAGUGCGGCGCGCUUCGGCCAUGUGUGCAGCCUCCGCACGAGCGGGCGACAGGGAGCGCUACGCGCGGGUAUUUGCAGCAUGUGAUGAAGACAGCAAAGGAUAUCUAAGCAGAGAGGACUUCAAGGUUGCUGUAGUAAUGCUGUUUGGUUACAAACCCUCAAAGGUGGAAGUAGAUUCAGUGAUGGCUUCUUUACAACAAAAAAAUUCAGGUGUGUUACUUGAAGAGUUUUUAAACCUUAUGACUACAAAGAAGUCGGCUCAGUUGUAUCACAGUGAAAUAAGACAGAUAUUCACAGCUUUUGACAUGCAAUGUAGAGGAUUUCUGACUUUGGAAGAUUUCAAAAAGGCCUUUGAUUCCGUUGCUCCAAAAUUACCCAAAAGAAUCAUAAUUGAAGCCUUCAGGAUCCUAUGUCAAAUAUUUGGAAUUGAAAGGGAACUGAGAGAGGGUCACAGCUCCUCUCGCUCUUAUGGCAUCCUUUGGUACACAGGGAGACGGGGGAAGUUGAUCAAGAUUCUGAUGGUCAUGUCAGCUUCAAAGAGUUUGAAUCUGCAAUGAACUAUGGACAAGAUGAAGUAUCACCUCUGCACUUUGCCUAGUGUAUUUUCUGGUGAAAAGACAAAGCAAAAACUUCAGAUCUCAAGACAGUUUAAAAAAAUCAGUGGAACUUCAUUUGUUCCAUGAGCAUUUUAAAAAAUCUGACUAUAAAUGGCAACUUUGAAGAACUGCCUUUGAAGCUCUUCUUUUGACAAGUAGGAUGUAGUACUGUAAUUUACAUAUAUGCAUAUGUGUGGAAUAUUUACAGUAUUUGGAAUCUAACUUGUUCCUCAACUUACUCUCCUUGGCAACAUGAAUUAUGUACCUUUUCUUUUUGGAUCUAUAGAUGAAAAGACAAAGGUUUUUGUUUCAAGUUACUUUGUAUUCGAUCUCUUGGCUUUUUCAACAGUAUUUCACUAACAGACCCAAAUGUCUUAUACUCCUUUAUAAAGAUUUUGCCUAAGACUAACUAGUAAAAACUACAGCUGAUAAAACCAGUUCUUUUUAAACCCAGGUUCAACUUCUCCCACUGCUCCUGCUCUCUGGGUCUCUGGGUUAUUCUUCCCUCCUCCAGCUUCUGCUUCCUGCCCCUACCCCUGGGGUAGGACAGGGAAGUCCACAGAGGAUUUGGGAGCCUGAAGCCCACACAGAGGUCAAGGGGAAGCCUGUGCUGCCCACGCAGCAUGCAGCCCAACAGGGGCCACAGCCUGCAUGAGGUGCAGCUCCUAGUCACUCAGAAGUUGGACAAUUCUAUUUUAAAUGGUCAGUUUACAUGUUUUGCAUAUAAACACAUUGCCUUCUUAAUAUAAUAUCACACAUUGUUUUUCUGUGCAAGAUUGUUCAUUGGUCAGUUAAACGUGAUUACAUUCCAAAGCAUCACAGUUUAAAAAAUAGGAAUUGAAUAUGUAUUAUUUAAUAAGCAUAAGAAAACAACGCUUAAGCAUUUUUCAAAUUGAAUCAAUUCUUUUUGAGAUUAAAAGAAAUUUCUAAAAUGUGUUCAUAAGGCCUGAAUGUGGCUUGCCAAAAAA